UGCUCUACAACGAUCAUUUCCAAUUGAUAAAAUUCAAAGUUUGAACACCUAGCUUGAGCAGGACAAGCUACUCGACUAUGCCUACAAAAAAAAAAGCAAAGGGUAGUCAGCCUACCAGCCGACAAAAAAAUAAUGUAGAUGAAGUAGCACCACUGCUUGCAAGCAAGCCCUGUCCUCGAGCACAGAGAAGCAAGACAGAGCCGAAAUGUGAGCAGCAACGUAGGAGUCGGAGGUCACAGCAGAAGAUAACUGACACAACACAUCAAACUACACUGGAUGAUUAUUACCAUGUGCGGAGGAGUACCAGGAAAUGCAAAUCACACAUUGAAAGCGAGAAGUAUGAUGAGAUAUCGUCCAAGCUUCGUGCCAAAUGUGAAGACAAUCUGGAGGUUAUAAAGGACGAAAUAAAGGGAAAGGGUGUGGUCACAACGAUUCCUCGAGUGAAGGGAGACUUUAUUUGUGAAUAUUCCGGAGAGCUCAUAUCUUUCGAGAAGGCUAAAACAAAAGAGGCGGAAUAUUCAAAAGACUCAGAUGUCGGAUGCUACAUGUACUACUUUGAGCACAAAAGCAAGAAAUAUUGUAUUGAUGCUACAGAGGACAACGGUCGAAUGGGACGUCUACUCAACCACUCCCGAACAGAAGCCAACGUGAACACCAAACUACACGAGGUGGACGGUGAUCCUUUCCUCUGUCUAAUGGCAUCACGGAACAUACCAGCCAGAGAGGAGCUUCUCUACGAUUAUGGAGAGAGGAGUAAAGAAGUCAUUCAAUCCCACCCAUGGCUGGAGAGUUAGAACUUUAUUGCACAACUGUAUAUAUACAACAAGACUCCGUAGUUAUAUAGACAUUUUAAUUCUUCUUUGUACAUUUUGUUUUUAUUAUAGUGCACUCGUUGUUUUAUAUAAUUUUAUAGUAUAUUACACUCCGAA